GCACCUCCUUGUCUCGCUCUCCCAUCCCCCGUGCUGUGCGCAGAUGCGGCGCCGCCCUUGUUCUUGGAUAUGACGGACAGAGCACCAGACAGGCUGCGUGGAGGCCCCGACGCGGGCGGGGCGGGGGUGGACGGAGGGGGGAAUGGGAGGGCCAGAAGCGGGGAGAGGCGCAGGGAGGGGUCGGAUCGGUGGGAGGACAGGCAUGAGGCCGAGGGAGAGGCUGCGAAUCGCGCAGACGAGGGAGGCCAUCGCCCUCCGAGGACGCCCCCCACCCGGCGGCCCGUUCCCAGCCCAGAUCGCCCGUCGUCCCAGCGAGUGCCGCGAUCUCUGCCCGUCCCCCUCCAGGCGCACACUACAUCUACCGCCCGACCGCCCUUGGUCCGCUCCUCUCCCUCUCCGUCCGCCCCCUCCCUCGACGCUCGCAUGCAGCCCAGCGUCCUCCUGCCCAUCCUGCACUGUCCACUAUGCGACCCCCCCGCCCUCUUCCGCGCACCCGUCACGCUGCACUGUGGACACACCUUCUGCGCCGUGCACCUCACCUCGCUCAAUCCUCCCUCUACCUCCAGAGCGGCCGAUUCUGCGCCCGUGCUCCCUCCCUGUCCUCUCCCGACUUGCUGUUCGUCCUCUGCGCGUGCCCAGACGACCUUUUCACAUGCACCGCCUCUCGACGUCACCGUGAACAAGCUCAUCGACAUACUUGUGGCACCGCCGACCGAAGACGUCCAGCCGCCUCCAUUUCAUGACGACCCCGACGACCGCACGGACUCCGAGUACGAGGUAGAUUCGGAUUCGGACCUGGAGUAUCUCCCCCUACCUCCCAGUACGCCUACAAGCCAGCACACGGCGUCCCCUACCCGAGAAUCUGACUCAGCUGCCCCUCCACCGACCCACCCCAAUACCCACUCCCGCUCUCGGUCGCGCUCUCAUUCAGGCUCACGCCCUCCCGCGCCCAAACGCCGGCGACGACGGCUUCACCGCCAUGUCUCACCCGCUCGCACUCGCCCUUCCCCUCACCGCACCGACCACGACCCACAAAGCCGUCUCGAGAAGGAGCUGCAGUCCGAGCUUACUUGCGAGAUAUGCUUCGGGCUCCUUUGGCAACCGCUGACCACCCCAUGCCAACAUACAUUUUGCACCCGCUGCCUUUUUCGCUCGCUCGACCACAACCAGUCGUGUCCGCUCUGCAGGCAGAAGCUCCCAGGUUACGACUACUUUCAGCAACACCCUUGCAACAGGGUCAUCCUGGCUAUUCUCCUAAAGACUUUUCCAGAGGCUUAUGCCGAGCGCGGCGCUACGAUCGAAGCGGAGGAGCGCGAUGCGCGCCUCGACACACCAGUAUUCGUGUGCCAACUUAGCUUUCCGGGAAUGCCAACGAUGCUUCACUUUUUCGAGCCUCGAUACCGACUGAUGCUCCGACGCUGUCUGGACUCACCGCACCCGUGCUUCGGAAUGAUACCGCCACCCCGAGCAGCCCCUUCGGCUUCCGCCAGCGGCUCCAGUACAGGCAACGACUACGGAACGAUGCUUGCUAUCCGGAACGUUCAAAUGCUCCCUGACGGGCGCAGCCUAGUCGAAACCUGGGGCACUUGGCGUUUCCGCGUCAUGGAACGCGGGACGCUCGACGGCUACAUGGUCGCGAGGAUAGAGCGUAUCGAGGACUACGAGGAGGAGCUCGACGACACUGCUGCCGUGCCCGAGGACCCGAGCGAGGACGAAGAGAGGCAAGACACUGCCGAAGUGGGACCGGAUGACGAUGGCGUCAGGCAAAGUCCGCUCGGGGGCCGCGCCAUGGGAAGCACGACGGCGACAGCGCAAGUAGAGGAGCAGCACGAAGCCGCUGUCAUCGCUGAGCUUGGUGAUGCGGCGACCGCCGCUCAAACAGCAUCAAUUCUGGCCCCGCAAUCGCGCCCGGGCGCGAUCCACGCCUCUUCGUCCACAAGCUUAGCGGAGUCCAAUUCUAGCCGUUCACAUGGCCACAAUCCACCCACGUCGCAGGAUGAGCCGGUGGCGCCCAAGGACAAGAGCCCAGGGGCGUCGGGUGCGGGUGCGAUGCCAGCCUCCCCGCAGAGUCCGCGACCGCCGACAAAUGCGGAACUGAUGGCAAAGUGCCAUGCCUUCAUCGACCAGAUGCGCGAGGGCACGCCGUGGGUCGUCCAACACCUCAACAACAACUACAUCCCGAUGCCGAGCGACGCGGCGAGCUUCAGCUUCUGGAUGGCCCUGCUUCUCCCGAUAGACGAGCACGAGAAGGCGAAGCUGCUGCCCAUCCGCUCGCCGCGCCUGCGCCUGCGGCUGGUCGUGCACUGGAUCGAGCAGCUGAACAGCAACUGGUGGUUCUCUGGCGGGUGCGUCGUCUGCUAGCACGCGCGCUGCCGCCGCGCGCGCUCGGCGGCUGGAUGUGGCUCUUCGCGUAUGCGAUCAUGCUCGCCGCGGUGUACUCCGCUCAGGCGGACUGGCGUCGCAACAACAACGCGCCUGCGGCCACCGGCCAGACAGGCGUAGUGCGCACGUAGGUGGCGGCCGGCGAACUGGAAGGGUUGGAGAGGGCGAAGAGGGGGGUUCCGGCGUGGUGGUUUGUUCGGGGUUUGGACGGGGGGUUUCUCGCAUCAUGGGCUCCGUCACAUCCCUAAUGGCGUGCUAUCGCUUAUUGUCCCCCGCUGUUAUACUGCUGUGUCCUGUCGGUCUCAUGUUUUCACAGGGUGUCCGGGCGUCCCUGAUUCCAUGUCGUAUUCGUGGCUGCUGUAGUCACUGCCUAGGCUUCUUUUCAUAUGCUAUCAUUUGGAUGCACG